UUGAGGAGAGAAUCCAUGGAGGAAUACUUGAGGUGGGAAGUAGAGAGGUUUGAAAAGGUGGUGCGUGCGGGCAAGGGAAGGAGAUUGACGGUUUGUGAACGAAUGUUCUUAGACGAUUGGUAUCGCCGUCAAAACCCUAAAAGGCCGAGAUACGAAAGGUGGAGACGGGAGCUGUCAACAUUCAAUGGAGCUGACCCAGACGCAUGGCUCAAGCAAGCUCUUGCAUAUUUCAUCCUCGAAGAUCUACCAAUGAAGGAUUGGGUAAAGUACGCUUCAGAUUAUUUUGACGGAGGGGCCAAAGCUUGGUGGCGAUGGCUCUACCACAACCGCCGCGAACUAACUCGAUGGGAAGAUUUUGAGAAGGAGCUCAUCGCACGGUUCAAGACCCCGAUCUAUUGCCAUUACGACGAGGCUCCCACGCAUAAAUGGAAGAGAGACA